AUCCAUCACUCAAAUGCAUCCUGGACCGACCAUCGUGGUUCAAACUCCUGAUGACCUUUUUGCGGGUGGCCGCAACAGGUAAUCUAGUCAUUAAUAAUCACUGUAGUUGUUUUGUGGGUUGAUCCUGUAUUCUCGAGGAUGGAGGAAAGGAAAGUCGAAGUGGAGAAGGUGGUGAUCCAUGCGUCGUCGGCGUUGGACAUUACUUUGGCCCACUGUCCGACGCUGAUUCCUUUCGAUCGUUUGAAAUGCGACGCCGCAGAUUUAUCGUCCGAGAUCGAGGCUGGGCUCGGAUCGGACGGUCUGGGAAUAAUUUGCGUGUCCGGUGUGCCUGGCUAUCCCGAGCUGCGACGAAGACUGCUGCCUUUAGCGGCCAAGAUUGCAUCUUUGGACGAGGAGGUGAAGAAGCGCUUGAGCCAUCCGAUGAGUCACUACAUGUUCGGUUGGAGCCAUGGGAGAGAGACACUGGAAGACGGAAGGCCGGACCUUUACAAAGGGUCGUUCUACGCCAAUCCGCUGGAAGAUGAGCCAACGAACGACACGUGGCUGAUCGACAGGUACCCUGCGUGCUGUUCGCCCAACCUGUGGCCAUCACCGGAGGAGGUUCCAGAUCUGGAGCCGGCGUUUAAAGCGCUGGGCAAAUUGAUGGUAGAUGUGGGACACCUGCUAAUUAGAGAGUGCGACAAGUAUGUGCGACAGAAAGAGCCAAGCAUAGAAACCGGCAAGCUGGAGAGAGUGCUCAAACAGUCCAAGGCCUGCAAAGCUCGCCUGCUCCACUACUUCCCCUUGUCAUCUCCUCCUCCUCCUCCUCCUCCGUCCUCCUCCGCCUUAUCUCCUCCCGAUUCCUCCUCCGCUGAGACAGUCGUGGGCUUGAAACUGCCGAGGAGGACAGCUCCGACGACGCGCGAAAGUGCUGCGGCUGCAUUUGGUCGCGGUCGCGACAUCUCUACGUGGUGCGGUUGGCACAGGGAUCACGGGUCUUUGACAGGCCUCACCUGUGCAAUGUACUUGAGGGAGAGAGUACGAGAGCGAGAACGCGGCUCAGGAGGAGGAGGAGGAGGAGGAGGAGGAGGAGGAGGAGGAGGAGGUGGAAAAGGAGUAGAAGGUGAUGAAGGAGGGAUACACGGCGACAGAGGAGGAACCGAUGCACAAAGGGGAGAAGGGAACUGGGGAACCACAGAGGGAGAAGACAAUAGUCGGGCAGCAGGAGGGGGGAGAGAAAGCGUUUGGAAGAAACCAAGCUAUGGCGGCGCAGAAGUGUUUGGAGGAAGCGAAACAAGAAGGAAACAAGAGUUGGAGUGGGAGGAAGUGCCUUCGCCCGAUCCUGAUGCAGGACUUUACGUCAUUGGUCGCGCAGAAAAGCUAGUGAAGGUAUCCUUCCCUCCUGAUUACAUUGCCUAUCAGCUUGGCGAAGCCAUGCAGAUUCACUCAGGCGGACACCUCCGCGCCACCCCCCACUGCGUCAAAGGGGCAGAAGGCCCCGACGCGGUCGGGAUCUCGAGGAAUACCUUCGCGGUGUUCAUGCAGCCUGCUUGGGAUGAGCCCAUGGAUGUUCCUCCCGGGAUGUAUCUACAGCAGAAGGGUGCCCGACGCGUCACCGUUGGUCCUGCCGAGCACCGCCCAGGUGAGAGCGGCGGCUUUAAGCCGGAUGGUGGCGAUGUUGCGAAUGAUUGUGACCGAGAGGAGGGUGCCAUCGAUGUCGUGGAUUCGGAGUGUCCAGCAAUCCAUGCUGGAGAUUGUGUGGGGGUUGGAGGAGGGGCCGCCCCCCCAUCCGGAAGCACCUACAGAUCGGCCACGAUUUCAGGCACGGAUGCGGCGCUGUUGCGAAGAGCUGGAGGAGGGGCAAGGUCUCUGCGGCGAGCUGGAGGAAUGUUUUUUUUGAGGACGAUGACGAUAUCACGGCAGACCCUCACAACAGCAACACCAGUGCAGAUGAUGCCGCCAAGAUUGACAGCGGUGAUGGCAAUGAUCAUUCCUUCAGCAUCGCUCGGAUCUACGACAACGAAGAUGGCACUGCGGACGGUGUUAAUAACGGUGCAAGCAUGACCGGCAACUAUAUCGAUAACAAUUUCGGUGCAGUCACCUACGGCAUCGUCGAUAACUGCAACAACAACGCUGGUCGUGACGGCACUGCGCACAACAACAACAACAAUAGAAACAACAGUGAUAACAACAAAGGAGUUGAUAACAACGGGGACAUCAACAUCAACAAUAAUAACAACAACGAUAUGAAUUACAAAAACGACGGUGCUUAUUAAGGGGUAAGUGAGGUUGGGCAAUCUCUUCUAUUGCGCGCCGCCCCCUCCCCUCUUCCCCUUCCCCUCCCCCCAGAUGUCUUCUUCUGCUCUUCGGCUGUAGUAGAAGGGGGAGAUGGGCGAGAGGUGAAGGUGAUCGGGUUGAUUGGAAAACAGGAAGGUCGGGAUUGGGGGAGAGGAGUGGGAUGGAGGCGUGAGGGGGUAGGAUAGAAGAGUAGCAAGUGAGUUCGGGAUUUUAUCCGCUAGCCAUGUGGAAUUGUUGUUCUCCCUUUCCCCUAUAAUAAGGAUUUGGCCACGUGUUAUGGCAGGCGGGGCAUUAAGGAUUGGCACUGGGGCGAUUGCCGGGGUUGGCGGACAGAUGACGGUUGGCGCCAUGCUGCCUGUGUGAUUGAUUGGAGCCCUGCUGCGGGUUUGACUUCACGCCCACAAUUAGUUAGGAUUCGCCACGUGGCUAUCUCGCUAUCAAGUUUGCUACAUACUGUCGCCCCACUUGAGCGGAUUCGUUGAUUCCGAUAAGGAGGGUGCACGUAACCUUAUAUAAGGAAUUGCAAUAGUGGAACGGACUUUCGUCCGAGGUGUUUCCUAUAAUUGAUGUUUUAGCCCUACUUCUAAAUACCCGUCCUCUCCGUCGUGUUGUGAGAGUGAUUUUUGAAGAUGCUGAGGAAUUUAGAAUAGGGAUAUAAUGACUUUAGAUUGCGAUGGCCAGUUAAUCCCCUCRGUUGAGGGCAAUCAAUGCUGGUCAUCGGA